CGCGCUGCCGCCGGAGCGGCCCAGCGGAGCCCAGCGCGGGGACGUCCGCGCCGAGGAGGAAGAGGAUGGCAGGGAUGCGUCCCAGCCCGUGGACCAGGCUGCUGCUGGCAGCCCUACUGAGUGCCAGCUUCCCCGGGGCACUGGCGAACCGCUGCAAGAAGGCGCAGGUGAAGAGCUGCACCGAGUGCAUCCGCGUGGACAGGGCCUGCGCCUACUGCACCGAUGAGUUGUUCAAGGAACAUCGCUGCAACACCCCGGCGGAGCUGCUGGCAGCGGGCUGCCGGCAGGACAGUGUGGUGGUCAUGGAGAGCAGCUUCAAGAUCACAGAGGAGACCCAGAUCGACACCACCCUGCAGCGCAGCCAGGUGUCCCCCCAGAGGCUACGGGUCCGGCUUCGGCCAGGCGAGGAGCAGCACUUUCAGCUGCUCGUGUUCGAGCCCAAGGAGAGCCCUGUGGACCUGUACAUCCUCAUGGACUUCUCUAAUUCCAUGUCUGACGAUCUGGACAACCUCAAGCAGAUGGGGGAGAAACUGGCUGAGGUCCUGAGGAAGCUCACCAACGACUACACUAUUGGAUUUGGCAAGUUUGUGGACAAAGUCAGCGUCCCUCAGACGGACAUGAGGCCCGAGAAGCUGAAGGAGCCGUGGCCUCACAGUGACCCUCCCUUCUCCUUCAAGAACGUCAUCAGCCUAACAGAAAACUUGGCCGAGUUCCGGAAUAAACUGCUAAAAGAGCGGAUCUCAGGCAACCUGGACGCUCCUGAAGGAGGUUUUGAUGCCAUCCUGCAGGCGGCCGUGUGCACGAGGGACAUCGGCUGGCGCCCCGACAGCACCCACCUGCUGGUGUUCUCCACCGAGUCUGCUUUCCACUAUGAGGCUGAUGGUGCCAACGUGCUGGCCGGCAUCAUGAGCCGCAACGAUGAGGCGUGCCACCUGGACGCCUCGGGCACCUAUACCCAGUACAGGAUGCAGGACUACCCGUCAGUGCCCACCCUGGUGCGCCUGCUUGGCAAGCACAACAUCAUCCCCAUCUUCGCUGUCACCAACUACUCCUACAGCUAUUACGAGAAGCUGCGGACAUACUUCCCGGUGUCCUCGCUGGGGGUGCUGCAGGAGGACUCCUCCAACAUUGUGGACCUGCUGCAGGAGGCCUUCGAGCGCAUUCGCUCCGACCUGGACAUCCGGGCCCUGGAAAGCCCCCGGGGCCUGCGGACAGAGGUCACCUCCAAGAUGUUCCAAAAGACGAGCAGUGGGUCCUUCCGCAUCCGGCGGGGGGAAGUGGGCACCUACCAGGUGCAGCUGCGGGCUCUGGAGGAGCUGGAUGGGACCCACGUGUGCCAACUGGGAGAAGAGGACCAGAAGGGCAACAUUCAUCUGAAACCCUCCUUCUCGGAUGGCCUCCAGAUGGACGUGGGCAUCAUCUGUGACGUGUGCCCCUGUGAGCUGCAAAGAGAGGUGCGUUCAGCUCACUGCAACUACAACGGAGACUUCAUGUGCGGACACUGUGUGUGCAGCGAGGGCUGGAGCGGCAGCACCUGCAGCUGCUCCACCGGCUCUCUGAGUGACAUCGAGCCCUGUCUGCGGGAGGGCGAGGACAAGCCGUGCUCCGGGCGUGGCGAGUGUCAGUGCGGCCACUGCGUGUGCUACGGUGAAGGCCGCUACGAGGGUCUGUUUUGCGAGUAUGACAACUUCCAGUGUCCCCGUGCCUCUGGCUUCCUCUGCAACGACCGGGGUCGCUGUUCCAUGGGCCAGUGUGUGUGUGAGCCUGGCUGGACGGGCUUGAGCUGUGACUGCCCUCUCAGCAAUGCCACCUGCAUCGACAGCAACGGGGGCAUCUGUAAUGGCCGCGGCUACUGCAGCUGUGGCCGCUGCCAUUGCAACCAGCAGUCGCUCUACAUGGACACCAUCUGUGAGAUCAACUACUCAGCGAUCCGCCUGGGCAUCUGUGAGGACCUGCGCUCCUGUGUCCAGUGCCAAGCCUGGGGCACCGGGGAGAAGAAGGGGCGCAUGUGUGAGGGGUGCAACUUCAAGAUCAAGAUGGUGGACGAGCUGAAGCAAGGAGACCAGGUGCUGGAGCACUGCUCCUUCCGGGAUGAGGACGAUGACUGCACAUACAGCUACACGGUGGAGGGCGACGGCACCCCUGGGCCCAACAGCACUGUCCUGGUGCACAAGAAGAAGGACUGCCCGCCCAGCUCCUUCUGGUGGCUCAUCCCUCUGCUCAUCUUCCUCCUGCUGCUCCUGGCACUGCUGCUGCUGCUCUGCUGGAAAUACUGUGCCUGCUGCAAGGCUUGCCUGGCAUGUCUCCCUUGUUGCAACCGAGGUCACAUGGUGGGCUUCAAGGAAGACCACUACAUGUUGCGGGAGAACCUGAUGGCCUCGGACCACCUGGAUACGCCCAUGCUACGCAGCGGGAACCUCAAGGGACGCGACAUGGUCCGAUGGAAGAUCACCAACAACGUGCAGCGGUCUGGCUUUGCCUCCCACCCCUCCAGCACCAACCCCUCGGAGCUGGUGCCCUAUGGGCUGUCCCUGCGCCUCGCCCGGCUUUGCACAGAGAACCUGCUGAAGCCUGACACUCGGGAGUGUGACCAGCUGCGCCAGGAGGUGGAGGAGAAUCUGAAUGAGGUGUACAGACAGAUCCCAGGCCCACACAAACUCCAGAAGACCAAAUUCCGGCAGCAGCCCAACGCCGGGAAAAAGCAGGACCACACCAUUGUGGACACGGUGUUGAUGGCACCUCGCUCAGCCAAGCAGGCCCUGCUGAAGCUGACAGAGAAGCAUGUGGAACAGGGGGCCUUCCAUGAACUCAAGGUGGCCCCCGGCUACUACACCCUCACCGCAGAGCAAGAUGCCCGGGGGAUGGUGGAGUUCCAGGAGGGCGUGGAGCUGGUAGAUGUGCGGGUGCCCCUCUUCAUCCGGCCUGAGGAUGAUGAUGAGAAGCAGCUGCUGGUGGAGGCCAUCGAUGUGCCCAUGGGCACUGCCACCCUUGGUCGCCGCCUGGUAAACAUCACCAUCAUCAAGGAGCAAGCCAGCGGAAUAGUGUCCUUUGAGAAGCCGGAGUACUUGGUCGGCGGCGGAGAGCAGGUGGCCCGUAUUCCUGUCGUCCGGCGCAUCCUGGACAAUGGCAAGUCCCAGGUCUCCUACCGCACACAGGAUAACACAGCCCACGGCAACCGGGACUACAUCCCCGCAGAGGGUGAUCUGCUAUUCCAACCUGGGGAGACCUGGAAGGAGCUGCAGGUGAAGCUCCUGGAGCUGCAGGAGAUAGACUCCCUCCUGCGAGGCCGCCAGACCCGCCGCUUCCACAUUCAACUCACCAACCCCAAGUUCGGGGCCCGCCUGGGCCAGCCCCACUCAGCCACUGUCGUCAUUGGAGACCGAGAUGAACUGGACCGCACCUUCACCACCCCGGCGCUGUCAUCAUUUCCACCUCCCCAUGGUGACCUGGGUGCCCCACAGAACCCCAAUGCCAAGGCCGCCGGGUCCCGGAAGAUCCACUUCAACUGGCUGCCCCCUCCUGGCAAGCCAACAGGAUACAGGGUGAAGUACUGGAUCCAGGGCGACUCGGAGUCCGAGGCCCACCUGCUUGACAGCAAGGUGCCCUCGGUGGAGCUCACGAACCUGUACCCAUACUGCGACUACGAGAUGAAGGUGUGUGCCUACGGGGCACAGGGCGAGGGUCCCUACAGCUCCCUGGUGUCCUGCCGCACCCAGCAGGAAGUACCCAGUGAGCCAGGGCGUUUGGCCUUCAAUGUCGUCUCCUCCACGGUGACCCAGCUGAGCUGGGCUGAGCCAGCCGAGACCAACGGAGAGAUCACGGCCUACGAGGUCUGCUACGGCUUGGUCAACGAGGACAACCGACCCAUCGGGCCCAUGAAGAAGGUGUUGGUGGACAGUCCUAAGAGGCGGAUGCUGCUCAUUGAGAAUCUGCGGGAGUCUCAGCCAUACCGCUACACGGUGAAGGCGCGCAAUGGGGCAGGCUGGGGGCCCGAGCGGGAGGCCAUCAUCAACCUGGCCACCCAGCCCAAGCGGCCCAUGUCCAUCCCCAUCAUCCCGGACAUCCCCAUCGUGGACGCCCAGUGCGGGGAAGACUACGAGAGCUUCCUCAUGUACAGCGAUGACGUGCUGCGCUCCCCUGCUGGCAGCCAGAGGCCCAGCGUCUCCGACGACACUGAGCACCUGCUGAGCGGGCGGAUGGACUUAGCCUUCUCAGGCAGCGCCAACUCCCUGAACAGGAUGACUGUGGCCAACGCCGCCUACGGCAGCCACCUGAGCCCACGCCUGCCCCACCGGGUGCUGAGCACGUCCUCCACCCUCACGCGGGACUACCACUCGCUGACCCGCACGGAACACUCGCAUGCGGCCACGCUGCCCAGGGACUACUCCACCCUCACCUCCCUGUCCUCGCACAGCCUCCCUCCCAUCUGGGAAGAGGGGAGGAGCAGGCUUCCGCUGUCCUGGGCCCUCGGGUCCCUGAGUCGGGCUCAGAUGAAAGGGUUCCCUCCCUCUGGGGACUCACGAGACACUAUAAUCCUGGCUGGGCAGCCAGCAGCGCCCUUUCGGGGCCCAGGCUCGCGCUUGGCUGCGGGUGUGCCCAACACACCCACCCGCCUGGUGUUCUCCGCCCUGGGACCCACAUCCCUGAAAGUGAGCUGGCAGGAGCCGCAGUGUGAGCUGGCGCUGCAGGGCUACAGCGUGGAGUACCAGCUGCUGAAUGGCGGCGAGCUGCAUCGGCUCAACAUCCCCAGCCCCAGCCAGACGUCAGUGGUGGUGGAAGACCUUCUGCCCAACCAUUCCUAUGUGUUCCGUGUGCGGGCCCAGAGCCAGGAAGGCUGGGGCCCGGAGCGCGAGGGGGUCAUCACCAUCGAGUCGCAGGUGCACCCCCAGAGCCCACUCUGCCCCCUGCCAGGCUCCACCUUCACUUUGAGCACACCCAGCGCCCCGGGCCCACUGGUGUUUACUGCCCUGAGCCCAGACUCGCUGCAGUUGAGCUGGGAACGGCCACGCAGGCCCGAUGGGGACAUCCUCGGCUACCUGGUGACCUGUGAGAUGGCCCACGGAGGAGAACCAGCCACCACGUUCCUGGUGGAUGGCGACAGCCCUGAGAGUCGGCUGACAGUGCCGGGCCUCAGUGAGAACGUGCCCUACAAGUUCAAGGUGCAGGCCAAGACCACCCAAGGCUAUGGGCCAGAGCGUGAGGGUAUCAUCACCAUCGAGUCCCAAGACGGAGGCCCUUUCCCACAACUGGGCAGCCACCCCGGGCUCCUACAGCACCAACUGCCAGGCGAGUACAGCAGCAUCACCACCACCCACACCAGCACAACGGAGCCUUUCUUCCUGGAUGGACUGACUCUGGGGUCCCAACGCCUGGAAGCAAGUGGCUCCCUCACCCGCCAUGUCACCCAGGAGUUUGUGAGCCGGACACUGACCACCAGUGGAACCCUCAGCACCCAGGUGGACCAACAGUUCUUCCAGACCUGAGCCCCCACCCCUACCCGACAGUGUCUGGCACCUGGGCCCCCACCCUGCCUCCUCUCCCUGGCUCUGCCUCAGCUACUCCAUCCUUGGACCCCCGAAGCCCUAGCACACGCCCAUGCUGGUCACAGGGCCAGCACAUCUGACUACAGAGCGGAGGGUAGUGUCCUCUGGAGACGUGAAGGGAGCAGAGGUCCCAGGUGGCCCUUCUGGCCACUAACUAUUCCCUUACCCCAGGCCCAAGCCCGUCUGUGUGUAACCAAAGAGCUAGGACCAGCGUAACGAGGACCCAAGCUUUGCUCUGCACUUAAUAAAAGAUUACGCUACGGC